GAGCUGGUUGCUGGUGUUGGGUCAGCUGUGGAGGAUGAGCAGCUCUUCUCCCUUCUCCAGGCUGCUGUCAGAGGACAGACCUGUUGCUGCGCUGUGGGGCUGCCAGCUGAACGCGGGCGCCCGGAGCUGCGUGGUGAAGGAGGACGAUGACCUCUUGGAGCACCUGGUGCUGCUGAGAACGAUCUGCCUGGGAGCCGAGGCCGGGGACGAGCUGCACGUGGUGGCCGUUGACUCGAAAAACACUUCUGGAGACAACAAGCCGGUGCCCAUCGCGGCGCUGCGGACCUCGGUGCUCCCCAUGAUCAGCCUCAAAGGUCUGGAGCUGCUCCCUCCCGUCACCUUCGUGCUCAAGUGUGGAGCUGGACCGGUCUAUCUCAGCGGGCAGCAUGUCACCCUGGAAGACGAUGCCAGGUCCGAAGCCCACGAGGAAGAGAUCUCAGAGGAAGACACAGGGGAUGAGGAUGAUGCUAGAGCAUCGAAUGGCUCUGACCCCACCAGCGCCCGUUCGGAUCAACGGGACAAAGUCGUGGUGCUGUUUGCGCGGCAGCCCCGGGAAACGCAGCCAAAAGCUGCCCAGAACAAGCAGCCGCUGAAAUAA